GAUAAACAAAACGAAAAUGGCCCGACCCGACACCGUUAUCGCUCCGGGGUCCCUCUCUCUCUUUCUUCCUCCCCCUUCUGAAUCUCAGAAAAAAUAGGGUUUCCUCAACAUAAACUCCCACAGCGCAACGAAUCCCCGCCAUUUUUAUCCCGUGCCAGGCGUUGCUCUGUACUCUUUACUCUCCAUACUCUCCUGGUAAUCGCGCUCUCUCUAUCUAAUUAUGACCUUUACCUCUUUCCCUUAAAUGUCAAUGGAGCUCUAUGAACCCUUCUUAUUUGUCUAUCUUCAUUUUACUGAAUGGGUCUUAUAUUUCCUUGCUAAUUUUUUAUUCGUUUCAUCAAAGUUUGAGCUCCCUCGUUUGGUGAGCGUAGAAGGGCUGAGGAAUUACUGGGUCUGACUGCAUGUGAAUGUUUGGGUUGGCGGUGAAAGUGGUUUUGCGGGGAUGUCUAGCCUAGCUGUAGGUUAAUGAGCAAUCGAUUUCGUGUUUGGUUUGUGGUGAAAGUUCACAACUUUUGGCUUCAUUUCCCACUAAUGGGCUGGCUCUUUCCAUAUUUGGUUCAUCUUUGGCCAUUCGGAGGCCUUGUGGAGCUGGUAUUGCUCAAGCAGUGUUUAGGAGCAACUUUGCGUUGUUGGUGUUAGUUUGCUUGUCCCCUAUUUGGAGAACAUUGGAAUUGUAUUUGGUCAUUUAGGCUGCCCAAUGGUAUUUGUCUUUGGUAUAUCAAUGAUGGAAUAAGAAGUUAGUUUCCAUUGUACUAGGUGCGCCCUAUUUGUUCACGAUUCAGUAUAUAAUUUGAGCAGAACUUUAGAACUUAUAUCCUCCUUUUGGCUUCUGUAUUGCUAGUUACUACACCCGUACUAAAAAUGCACUGACUGCAAGGAACAGGGGAUCAAUUUAGUAACAAUGGGUUAAUUUCUCUAAAAUAUCAAUGCCGCCUUACUAAUCUUGGUUUGGAUUAUGUUUUAAAGUGGCAGUGCAUAAUAGGGAGUUAGUCUGCAGUCAUGUACUUAAGAGACCCAUUAAUCCUCAAUCUUAUUUUCAAACUAAUUUUAUUAUAUGGUAAUCAUGUGAUUAUUUUCGGUUUUCCUGAUUGUUAUAGUCUAUUACUGUCGCACUGUGUUGAUUUGAGCUUUGCUUAUUUAGAGAGUCGAUGGAAUUAGUUCUGUAUCUCAUUCAUACCUUUCUAUUUUGUUUGUUUGUUUUUUCUGUUUGGCCCUUGUUCUGGGUAUGUAUAUCUCCAGAUAGUAUUGAACAAUCAAGACCACACCUAUUUUCUUGGCCGAUGGCAUUUCAAUAUCAAGCAUCGACCUGCUUCAUUAUUACAUAAUUUUUCUGUUUCACCUAUCGAACAUCGUCCUCUUCAUCAUCAGUUGUGACCCUCCCUUGCUUGUUUUAUUGCUAUUUGGCACUUCGUUGGAUCCCUUUAAUUGAAUAUCACUUCUUACACCUCCUUUGGAUCCUUAUCUUUCUUAUGGCUCAAAUUCUCGAAAUUCUCUUGCUCUUGAAAUCCAUUUCGCCUCUCACUUUGUUUCCACCUUUCAAUACUUGUACUCUUUCCAACUUUAACGGAAUGCACUUAACAUUAAAAUUAAGUUGUAUCUGGUGCACAAAUAAUAGAGUUCAGUGGUACCCGACGCCCUAUUCAAAUUUAAGUGGUAUUUCUGCCCUAAUUCUGAAACUUAAGUGGUAUCCAAGGUAUUUUAUUUUUAUCUCAGUCCAUGCGAAUUGCAAUCGAAUUUUUUUCUGGAUUUCUGGAAGAAUUUUGGGUGGCCCGGCGGGGGAAAGAGGGAAAAUUGGAAGGGGAUUAUGGCGACCGGAGGAUUGCUGCUUGGGCGCUCAUUUCCGUUGCUGCUAAUAAACAGUAGGAAGACGGUGAAGCUCAGCAAUGGCUAUGGCUGCCGCGCCUCUUACUCUUUUCUCGGCGGGAGUAGUAAUCCUCUUUGGCGGCAAAACAGCGUGGCGAAGUUUUCAGCGAAAGCAUUGGCGAACGAGGAAGCGCCGGACCUCCGGCGACUGGCUAAAACCGCUCGAAUUUUUCUCACUGAACAGGAGGUGGAGGAGUUCGGCCCCAAAAUACAGCAAGUGAUUGACUGGUUUGGGCAACUUCAAGGUGUGGAUCUCAAUCAAGUCGAGCCUGGGAUCCGAGCAGCAACAGCAGCAGGCAAGUAGGCUGAAGAAGGAGUGAACUUGAGGGACGAUGUUCCUGUAACAUUCCCCAAAACGGAUGCCAUCAUCGAAGGCCUUCCAAGCUACGACGAGCCUUACGUUCGAGUUCCUAAAGUCUUGCACAAGGAGGAUUGACUUAACGAGCCUACAUAUCUCACAUCAAUCUUCCCAGGAAGAUUUGGCUGGCUCUGUGUCAUGUAUGUGCACUGAACGUUUUGUUAUUUCUUACUGAGAGAGAGUAGUAGACGCAGGCUACUGUCCCGUUUUAGCAUUGAUUCAAUUCCAUCAAAUUGGUUCAAGUACAAUAGGACAAGGAGUAAAGUUGUGAUGUGUAGCACGCUUAAACUUUCAUUGACUUGGAAGCAUUAAACAUUACUCAAUACGAGCAGAAAGCUUCAGGUUGUUAUUCGCGUGAGGCUUUGCAUUUACCUUCAGGAAUGCAGUGAGCACAACCUGCAAGAACCUUCAACCAACCAUCUAUUGACAAAGAAGGUUAAACUACUAACGAAAAGGUUUCGAGACGAUGCUGAGAGCAUCCCAUAGUUUUCGUCGAAGAGAUAGGGAGGAACAGUUUGUUGCUACUUUUCUUAUGUACAAGUCAGUGUUUAUUCUAAUAAUGUACAAAGAUAAUAUGUGCGCAAGUGUAAUUGUCAGACACUUAUACGUACUCUGGUGCAUGUAUUUGAGAGUACCUGCAUUACUUGUUCAAACAAUUACGAAAGCUGAUAAACUUGGUUUCAUGACUUGUUUGUCCUCUGUCAAAUGGAUAUAUGC